GUGCAUAGUGGCCGUAAGCGCACGGGUCCUUUGCGCACGUAGUAAAGCAUCGAGCGGGCUUUGAAAAUGAAGGGCUGCAAACGCCAGCCGAUUCAUCGUCAGUGUUUCUAAUGAAACUACUAAGGUUAGUGCGUGAUUUUUGUAUAUCGUACAGUGCACGUGCGUUUUCACGCGGCCUGUGACAGUAGCGACGAUUUUUUUUUGGAUGCGUUCCCUACCGAACACCCUGCCGAUUCUAAGGAUUUUACUGUUCCAUUGCUGAUCCUAAUUGAAGAAUGUUUCUCAAGCUCCUCAUUUUGCUCUACUACGCUUCGCAAACGUGGGCGAUGUGCCCGACGAAAUGCUCGUGCUAUCUGGACCAUAAAGGUCGAAACGUCGUGGCGUGCAAAGAGGGCGGUACGGUGGGGCCCUUGAAUCUCAACAACGUCAGCCUGGAUACGGAAGUUAUUAAAAUCACGGCGCCGGACGAUAACAUGAACACGCUGACCAUGAGUCCGGUGUUCCAGAGCUACAGGCGCUUGGAGGAGAUUCACAUCACGAAAUCGAACAUACCGCAGCUGGGCAUGCACUUUUUCUACGGGCUGAAGAAGCUCGAGGUGCUGAAUUUGUCGCAGAAUAAUAUAUCGCAGCCGUUGGACCACAAUUUUCGCGGUUUGUCGAACUUGAAGGAGCUGUAUUUGGACGAUAAUAGGAUCAUUUCGCUGCCCAGCGGUACUUUCCGGUACCUGCUCGGGCUCAGGUUGCUGUCUUUGCAACGGAACCGAUUGGAGGAGCUGACGCCCAGGUUGUUCUUGGAGAUCGGCAAGCUCAAAGUGCUCAAACUCAGCGGGAAUCCUUUGGGCAUUUUACAUUCCGAAGUCUUCAGAGAUAUACAGGAGCUGACGUUUUUUGAAUGUCGCGGCUGUGCCUUAACAAAACUGAACCACGACAUAUUCCACCUAUUGCCGGACCUGGUCCAUCUGGAUUUAGGCCGAAACGAAUUCAAAAAUGUCUCGUCCGACGAUUUGAAGGAUCUGCAAAAUCUGAAAUACCUAAAAAUCGAUGGUAACCUAAUCACCGCUAUUGAUAACUCGACGUUCGUUCGGCAGACGGCUUUGAGACGGCUGAACCUUUCGAAUAAUAAAAUUUCGAAAAUAGCCACCGGAGCUUUCGCCGAAAAUGGCAAUUUAACCGAAUUAGCGGUCGCCUACAACAGGAUAAGUAAUUUGGAGUUUUUAGAGCCGCUCUACGAGAUCCUGGAAAAACUCGUGCUCAGCGGCAACCAUUUGAGAACCGAGUCUUUGAAAUACUUGGUGUAUUUAAACGCUCUAAAAGAGUUAAGGCUCUCCGAUUGCGGUUUAGCGGAAAUAGACGCCGAAAUAAUUCCUAAGAGCGUCGUUAUUUUAGAUUUAAGCGAAAACUAUUUAUCAACGUUAGAGAAGGAGAUGCUGCCCCUAAAUCUAACAACUUUAGAUAUAUCAGGUAAUCGAUUUAGAGGUUUGGAAGAGGACUUUCUAACAGCUCUGGAUAAUACGCCGAACAUUAAGCUGGAUCAUAAUUUGUGGUCGUGCGAUUUGUGCCACAUCAUUCCGUUGUUAGAGCGGGUAAACAGAAGCGCCGUUUUUAGGGAGCUGCUCUGUUCGGCUCCUUACACGGUGAAAGGUAUAAAAUUGGAGCGGAUCCAGAGGAACGAAUUGACCUGGUGUAAUUCCCCCAGUUACACGGCCAGCGAUGCCAACUUUUUUUCAAUAGGCCGAGACGGAGAAGUCGGCAUACUCGUCGCCAGCACGUCCGUGUUCCUUCUAUUUUUGACGGUGAUAGCGAUAAUUGGGGCGUUAUGUUAUACCAAUCGGCAUGCGGCCAGAUAUUACACCCACGAGGAUAAGAUAGCUACAGCCGAAUGGGAAUCGAUAGCCGGGAAUAAUCACAGUCCGCUGUUCGGCGACGGAGAACUGAAUUUCAAGUUUCCCCUGGAUACUAUCGAAGAGAAGAAAAUUUCCAUAGCAACAAUUGACGAGAUUAAAAAGGAACAUACGAUUGCGAAUGGAACUUGAGCUUGUAAAUAGACCGAUAAUGGUAGAUUUUUCGAUUUCGGUGUUUUCGCUCCGAGUAAAAUGGACAUGAAUGUAUUUCGAACGAAACAUUUUAUAUAACGUACUUGGUGCAUUUUGUGCUGGUUUGUUUAAGCCGAUUUCAGAAUCAUACCAAUGUUUUAUAAAUACGAUUUUUUUAUCAAUAACAGUAUUUCUCAUAUAAAAUCCAUAUAAACAAAUAUUUUUCAUCCAUACAAAAAUAUUUGCCUAGUCUAACAUUAACAUUUCAAAUAGAGCGAAGUUGUCAGCUAUUCACCGGUCUGUUACAAAAUAGUUGCUAAUUAGAGUUAGGGCGACAAUUCAGUAAUAAAAGUUCUAAACAAUUUCCCUUAAAUUUAGCCUUUGUCUAGGAAUUUCCUGAUAGUUAAAGUUCCUAAAAGCUUGCUUCUUCGGGCAUUUUACUCGUUGAACUUACAAAUUGAAAAUUACAACUUACAACAUGUUUACCUGUAGUUCGCUUUAAUUAAGAGUUUUGAGGUCUUUUUUAGGCAAGAAUCAAUAAAUCAAAAAUAGUUAAACCCAGUUUUCUAGAUAAGUGUUUUUACGAUUCCUUUUGAAGCAAGUUUGUUUUUAAAAGGUAUUAAAUAAAAUUAGGUGAAUAGCAAAGCUUAAUUCGAUGCAAUUGAAUUUAUGUCAAUUACAAACGUAGAAAUUUUUAUUGAACAAACCAGUACUUAAUAUAAAUGCAAUGUUCAUUAAAAAAUUUCCAGCAAAGUUCAAAUUAAUUAGCUUGUUAUUAAUAUUGAAUAUAAUAUGUGGUCAUAUUUAAAAUGAAUCAAUAAUUUUUGAAUUUUAAAUUCUAAAUGACUGUCUUGUGUAUUGUAGUAUCGGUGCCAUAACUGCAUAUUUCCAAAAUUUAAACCGUUGAAAUGCAGAUAUUUACAUAAAAAUAAUUUAAUAUUAAUCUAUUUAUUCUGAAAGCUAUAUCCACAUCGCUAAAAUUAAUUAUGUAAAUGUAUAUUUUUUAUAUGUAUGAAAGUAAUUUUUAUAUUUUAUACACUUAAGAGUGAUUUGUGUCUA